UCAAAGGCUAAUGGUUCCCCCAAGUGUAUUUGUUUAGGUUCUUCCUUCUUGAUCCCAAACUGAUGUGAAAAAAUAAAUUAAACCUAUUAAAAAGGGUUGCAUUUAAAAAAAAUAGCCAAAUUCAUUCAAAGAGCAAGUCAUCUUGAAAACAAUUGAAAGUUAGUUGUUGCUAUUGGCUAAAUGAGUUUUAUUCAAUCAUCUUCAUUUACUUCUUAACUCAAUCAGAUGUCCCAUUUCCCAACAAUGCAACGAAUCAGGCAGCAAAAGGAAAAGGAACAUUUUCUAAAGCAUGGAUUGGUUGUAUUCUCUGCUGAAAUGACUAAUGAAAGGUAAAGUUUACUAUUACAGGUAGGAAAUACUUUGAGAAGGUCUUUGCACCAAACCUAGACUAGAAAGAGAUUUGAGAUUCUUGCUGCUUCUGACACCUUGGUCCAUAAGCUCUCAUUUGGCUGUCACAAUCACAUCAUGGGUCAUGUGGGUGACUAUAAAGUACCCCCAUAUUUUACUUAGAAGUGCUCUGCUUAUGCCUCUUCAGGCUCAGCAGUUUAAAACCUGCCCUGCUCUCAUGUUCAUGGAUUAUAUGUGGAUCUUGAUUGUGCAGCCACCUCCACCUUCAGGUUUAACACAGGUAACAAUUUGCACUGGGGCUUUACAAAAGGAAAAAUAUCUUCAUCUUAUGUAACAAAAACAAUGUCUUAACCCUGCCUAACAAUAGCUUUACACCUAAAAACAAAACAAAACAAUGACCAGGGACUGCAUUAAAUCAGCAUUGGAGAGGUUGUCUUUGAAAAUACAGAGAAAAACUAAAAUGCGUGCAGAGAAUGGAGGUGAAUAUACAGGUCAUUCCAACUGCAGACUGGGGACUCUAAGUUUACUAAGAAUAUAUUUCAAAAUAGCCAGUCAAUUUGAUGGAACAAAUAGCUUUCAAAUAUUAAGCUAGUUGUUUGAAUGACCAAAUCAGUGUAUGAAAACAAUUGAUCUUCAGUUCUCAGACCUAGAUCUAUUUAUUAUCCAGAAAUGUUUUCCUUCUGUCUAAUCUAAAUUGCACUUCCAUUGUUCUCACUCAUUUUUAAUACCUUUGCUGGUAGAGGUAUGGCUAUCUGGCUUGUUUUUUUCUUCCAAUUCUAUCUUCUUAGUUUCCCUUGUAGUGUCUAAUUUUUAUCCUUUAGUUACUCUUAAAAAACAAGCCAAGCCAAACCAAACAAACCAACAAAAGCCAGAUAAAAGUCACAAUGCAGUUUUCAUUGGCUUAGUAGAUAUUUGCCAAGCUAGUGAAAAUUACACAUUAAUUUCCCCACAUAGGAUUUGGUGGGAAUAAAGUACAUCCCUUUGCUAUACUUGUGGGUUAUUGGAGAAAAUAAGAUGUUACCUAUUGUGGUUAUGUUUGUCCUGCUUCAUCCCAGCUCUUCGUGUGUGUGGUUCCUGAGAAGGGAGCAUCAUGAAUGCACAUUAGGAAGAUUAUUGUUGUCCAUGAGUGUGUGUGUGUGUGUGUGUGUGUGUGUGUGUGUAGGGGCAGGUUGGAGAAGAAUGUCUCAGUGGUGAUGUAGCAAAGCAAGACACCCCAGAGUGGAAUAAAUGGGGUUCUCCAAGCUGAGUGGCUUGGGAGCUGGCCAAGGCCAUGGCUGGGUUAAUGGGAAGGAGACUGGCCAAUGGCAUAUGGAAUGAGUGUGCCUGAGCCUCCCUCUGGCACAAACUGCUGGGAGAUAGACUUGAAGCUGGCCUGUUAUGUUGGGUUUCAACCAUUUAUUUUUCUCCUUUUUUAUUCCUCUUGGGUAUCUUUAUCCCCCACUCCCUUAAAAUUUAGAUAUCUGUACAACCCUGGGAUAGGGAGCAAGGCAUGGUGGCGUGUUUAUGACCUUUGGGGGAACUUCCCUCUCAUGCUCUCUAUGGUCUAGGAACUAUGGAAAGAAGGCCUCCUGUUUACUAGUAAAUAGCUAAGGGGCAGCCCCUUCAGAGCUCAGAAUUGAUUUAAAUAUGAAGAUAUAAAGUUCUGACACCACUAGGUAAAUCAUUGCUUAAUUUUGAGUAUUCGUGAACUAAAAAUAGAACCAUUUCAUUUCCUUGCAUUAAAACGCUGUAUUAUGGUCUCAUUAUUUGUAGUAAUUUUACAAUAAUGCAAGCUAUGGUAGUGCCAUGUUUCCUGUCAGGCAGUGGUAAAGCAACAUGAAAGUCUUUAGGACUUGUAGUUGUCUUCCUUAACAUGUGGAUUGGAAAGGGGUGAGAGAGGUGAAUGUGGAAUGUGCCCACAUUUCCCACAGUUUUAGACACAAAAGAGACUCAGUUCUCUUCAUGUCUAAUUAGCAAAGAUAAGCUUAUUCUUAUUUCUGGACGGCUAAGUCAUUUGGUUAGCCCUGUACAUUGGCUGAUGAGUGGUUAUAGUUAAGCUUCUUUCUACAUGAAUAUUAAAGUAAUUCAGGUGUUUGGAGGUGUGACAUGGAAUGACUUUCUCUCAGUGGUUCAGUUGGGCGCUGUGUCCUGACCCCAGUUAGCCGGCCCAGGAGAGUCUGCCGUGUAUACAUACAUUCAAGCUAAGUGACCGCUCCUCAGCUCAAGUCCAGGAGCACGCAGACGCCAGAGUUAGCUUUCCAUUAGGGAAACACUUACAAGAAACUGGCCCAGGAUAAAGCAAAGGCUAAAGGGCAGAAAGAAAGCUUGAAUUACAUUAUUGCAAUGUUCUGCAAAAUCAGAUUUCGUUCUGUUUUGCUUAUUUUUGGAGCUGAAAGCACCUCAAGUUUCUCCCAGAGAGGCAUGACAAUCGCAUAAGUAUUAUAUUUUCUGACAAUUUCCAGCACGAGUCCAUCCAAGGUUAUGAGGCAAGGCUGCAUGGUGAGGUUAUUAUGUGUUUGGGUAUUUUAUGCAUGAGUGUCACCUUGUCACUUUGCUUUGCAAAACCAAAAAUCCCUUACGUAUGCCCAGGAGAGGAUAAUUCAGCAUUUGCCAGGCCCAGCAUUUGCCCUCCCUUUCUCUCUUUCCCCGCCUCAUUGUGUCUCCCACACGUGGGUUCAGUAAGUUGUCAGAGUCUGGAGUCGUGCUUGCUGAUUAAUGCUAGCCCACUCUGGAAAUUUGGGAGAGCGCCGGACCCUCGUCAUCACCACGCACUGUGUCACCGAGACCGGGUAACCCAUGGUUACUGAGCUCAGAUCAGUUAAGGAGCAGGCAGCCUUCCGUCCUCCCUGCUCUAUAAAAGAGGACCAGCCAGGGGACCCCGCCAGCUGCCAGCUCUCAGCCCUCAGCCGGACAAGGUGUGGAGUAGAGAGCGCACCAGCUGCGGAGGCAGGACCAGCAUGUCUCCCUCCUUCAGGCUCCAGUGUCGCUUCAUCCUGAUCUUCCUGGUGGCCCUGCGAGGGGAGAGCCGGUACCUGGAGCUGCGGGAAGCCGGGGACCAGGACCCUUUCCUGCUCCUGGGCGCGCACCUGAAGCGGGAGCUGGCGGGGGAGCCGCUGUACCGCCGCGCGCUGCGCUGCCUGGACAUGCUGAGCCUCCAGGGCCAAUUCACCUUCACCGCUGACCGGCCGCAGCUGCACUGCGCCGCCUUCUUCAUCAGCGAGCCCGAGGAGUUCAUCACCAUCUACCUGGACCUGGUCUCCAUGGACUGCCAGGGCGGGGACUUCCUGCAGGUGUUUGAUGGUUGGAUUCUCAAAGGGGAGAAGUUCCCCAGUUCCCAGGACCACCCUCUCCCCACAACUGAGCGGUACGUAGAUUUCUGUGAGAGUGGUCUUGGCAGAAGGAGCAUCAGAUCCUCCCAGAAUGUGGCCAUGAUCUUCUUCCGGGUCCACGAACCAGGAAAUGGGUUCACAGUAACCGUCAGGACAGACCCCAACCUCUUUCCCUGCAAUGUCAUUUCCCAAACCCCAAAUGGAAGGUUCACCCUGGUAGUUCCACAUCAGCAUCGAAACUGCAGCUUCUCCAUAAUUUAUCCUGUGAUGAUCAAAAUAUCUGAUCUCACCCUGGGACACUUAAAUGGCCUGCAGUUAAAGAAGCCCACGGCAGGCUGUGGGGGGAAAGGAGACUUUGUGGAGCUGCUUGGAGGAAGUGGACUGGACCCUUCCAAGAUGAUGCCUCUAGCUGACCUCUGCUAUCCCUUCCACGGCCCCGCCCAAAUGAAAAUAGGCUGUGACAACUCGGUGGUGCGCAUGGUGUCCAGCGGAAAGCAUGUGAACCGUGUGUCUUUUGAGUACCGCCAGCUGGAACCAUACGAACUGGAGAACCCCAAUGGAAACAGUAUCCGGGAAUUCUGUUUGUCUGCUCUUUGAACAGCCAAUUCAGUGAGUUUACAUGCUUCUAGCAAAGUGAGUGUUUAAUAGGUAUUAUAUAUCAUUUUGAUGACCACUAGUUUAAAGCCUUUCCUACCAGUCAGUAUUCACAGCACUGAGCACCUAUCACACACACACGUGUUUUUGUAUCUUGCUUCUUUUUCAUUUGUAUUAUAUAAAUGACCAUAUGGCCCCCACCUUUGUAGUAAAACAGUUUUCUGUAAUUCUUUGGUAUACUACAAACCUGAACUGGCAAGAGAAGAACAAAGCAAUGUGCAAUUUUAAAAAAAUGUGUCUCGAGGAAAAAUACUAUAAAGAAAUAAAAGGGUGGCAUUCAUAUCAGUUUUAAAACAGAAAACAAUUGAAUGUCUGUAUACACCACAGUAGUUGCUUCUGUUUAUUUAUUUUCUGCUUAUUAUUCUGUUUACAAUAGAUAAUAGUUGUAGCUACUCCUUAAUGGUUUGCAUCAAUCAACUUGUUUUUAACAAAUUUUUGUAGCAAGGAAAACCUUUCCCAUCCAUAAUACAAAAGUGAAUAAAUACAUUUGGGGUGUUGGCACCUUGA